AUGGCGUCAAACGAGAGUAAUAGUUUUCAAAAGUUGCUGGAGUAUCGGAUCUUCAAGUGCUCCAGCUUCUGCUCCACCUUUGUACCUGAAAAUAUCCUCAUCGACAAGCCAUCGGAUCAGACGUCCCGUUGGUCCUCCGAGCUUGACAGUCAUCCGCAGUACAUUAUUCUCAAACUACAACGUCCUUCCAUUAUCGAGACCAUUACUUUCGGCAAGUAUGAGAAAAGUCACGUGUGCAACAUGAAAAAAUUCAAGGUUUUCGGCGGACUAGACGUCGAAAAUAUGACGGAACUUCUCGACAGUGGACUGAGGAAUGAUUCUACACCGGAGACAUUUGAGCUUAAACACACUGUGGGAUCUGAGGAGAAUUUUCUGCCUCUCCGAUACAUCAAGAUCCUCCCGUUACUGUCGUGGGGUUCUAGUUUUAACUUUUCUAUAUGGCACGUCAAGCUAGUCGGUAUCGAUGAGUCCGAGAUCGUGAAGCCUUGCCUAGAAUGGGUCAACAUGUACCGGCAGAAGGAAAUAAUAAGACUAUGUAUGAAACAUUUCCGGCGAUUGGAGCAGCCGGAAAUUGUGGAGACUCUGCAGAGAGUCACCGGAGUCUCCCUGGAAGAUUCACGGUUGUCGACGUUGUAUGACCUGCUGGUCGUGAAGGGCGAUCAUUUACAGGCGGAACGUUUUGUCACUAAUGCGGUCAUGGUGGGGCUCUUAAACGAUUAUAUCAAUGCUCAAACUUAUAGAGCAAGUUGGACGAAGCUAACGUCCAGCGAUCCUAAGCCCGGGAUGCGAGGGGGCCAUCAGAUGGUGCUCGACCCUACGGCCGAGGUGCUCUAUCUCUUUGGCGGAUGGGACGGCAACCAGGAUCUUUCCGACUUAUGGUCGUACGAUAUUGCGGUCGGCAAGUGGACGCUCAUAUGCAAGGAUACCGAAGCGGUGGGUGGUCCAUGCGCGCGCUCGUGCCAUAAAAUGUGCCUGGACCCGAAGAGACGGCAGCUGUUCACGCUCGGGAGGUAUCUGGACACGCAGUACCGAACCUGCGAGAAUCUAAAGAGCGACUUUUACGUUUACGACAUCGAGUCCAAUAAGUGGACGCUUAUCACCGAGGACACUGGAGCUGUGGGCGGACCUCAGCUGAUAUUCGAUCAUCAAAUGACAAUGGACGUAGAGAAGCGCACUAUCUACGUUUUUGGCGGACGAGUGCUGGUUAUUCCACCGAAUCCGGACGAUCAUGGUAUGCUGCAUUCAACGGACCCGGUUUUCUCGGGAUUAUAUUCUUAUCACGUGCCGACUGGAACUUGGGACAAGCUCGCCAGUGAUGUUUCCGACAAGUGUUCACGUGAUAUUCCAUCCUAUCGAUCUCGUGCCGGACACUCCAUGCUAUUUCAUCCAGGAUCGAGAAAGCUGUACGUAUUCGCGGGCCAACGAGGUAAAGAAUACCUGAGUGACUUUUUCACUUACGAAGUGGACACACAUCAAGUCGAGUUCAUAAGCAUGAACGAAUUCGGCACGAAGGACUCCAGUCACGUGCCCGCGGCUGGGUACACGCAAAGAGCGACCAUCGACCCCGAGCUCGGCGAGAUUUACGUUCUCUCGGGUCUGAGCAAGGACAAAGACAAAAGGGACGAUAACGUGCAGAAUUCCUUCUGGGUGUACAAUAUCCAGAAUAGCAAGUGGACUUGCAUAUACCGCAACGAAAACGCCGGCGAGAAGUAUUGGAGCAAGAUGCAAGAUUACGAACCGUGCCCGCGAUUCGCGCAUCAGAUCGUUUACGAUCACACCAGGAAGGUUCAUUUUCUGUUCGGCGGUAAUCCAGGCAGGUCUUGUCUUCCGAAUCUGAGACUCGACGACUUUUGGCAGUUGGAACUGCGCCGUCCCACGCCCGAGCAGAUCCUGAAGAGGUGCAAGCUGAUCAUCAGGAAGCAUAAGUUUCAGGAGCUCGCUCUUAGCAAUAGUAUAGAGGCCCUCGAAUAUUUGCAGACGAGAGUCUCCGAGAUUAUCGAUCACAGCGACACGCAACAAACGAAAGAGUUUCAGUCAUUGACCUCGGUCUUGUUCCGAGAGCGCAACGAUGCAUCAGUGACUGCUUCCGAUCCGAAUACGUCCAACGACAUCCUGAGCGAUCUGGCCGCCGGCAUGGCGCAACAGCAGUGUAGGAAGUCACGUAACGUACAUAAUCUGCGCACCGAGCUCUACGACGAGCUUGCCGAGUACUUUCCUGAGUCAAUGGCACAGCCACGGGCGAACCUAAUCGAUCUCUUGCCAUUAUAAUGCGACGGCGAGCCGCGAGACGACGGAUUGUUCUGACGCAUAUUAUACCCCCCCCCCUACCCCCCUCCCUUCCUGUUAUUCUUGAUUACUUCCGUUCUUUGUUCUGUUACCUGCCACUCGCCGGACGAAAGCACUUCUUGCUGUCACACUUGUUUCCUCUUUUCUUUUUGUAAAUUAACGACGAACUUCGCCACGGUGUGAUUUGCUUUUCCGCUGUUUCCGAUUCACUACUAAUCGCGGGAAAAAUGGUUAAACUGUGUUUCUUCAGCGCUACCUUACGGAUUCCGGCGGCCUUGGUAGCCCACUGUUUCUUUACGAUUUUAUUUAUUUCGUUAUUACAUACACGUGUACGUAUUCACAAUAUUCGCUCUACCGAGGAGAUCCUUUUUCUUUCUUCUCGUUCUCGUUAUAAAUUGCGUUUACUCGAGAACAAGAAACCCCCGGACGAAGCACCUGUAUGUUACUUUACGAUUAACCUGAGAUCGACUUUCUUCUUCUUCUUCUUCUUCUAUGAACUUUGUGAUAUCGAUAGCUUUCUCUAAUCAUCGACUGGUUAGCUAAUGUAUAAGUAGCUGUAUCGGUUUUAUAAUAUCUCUCUUAUAUUCCGUAACUUAUAUGUUUAUAGCGCGGCCAUGAAGUUGUUAUGUUUGCUGAAGUAACAUGUACUCGUCGAACAAACCGAGGGAACUGUCGUUGAGAUAAGUCUAAGAUGAUAGAUAAUGCGCUGAGAAAGAAGAGAGAGAGAGAGAGAGAAAGAGAGCUCUUGUUGUGGCGUCGAGGGGCAAUACGAUGUCCGUGCCGAGUGCUGCAAACUCACCGGUAGCCACAAACAGUAACGGCAAAAUCUUGUCUCGGUGUUGGAAAGAAAAUUCCUGUUUAGAUAAAUCUUUGGUACCGCGGCCAGUCUUCUAGCGAUACGGAAAGGUUUGCGAAAAAAGAAAAUUUUGUCGUUAUGCCCGAUGGCGUCCGAGGAGACAGGCAGGUGGCACCCGGCGUGUGUAGCACACUCCCUCUGUUACACGUCGACCCUCUUUUCCCCCUCUCGUGUAAAAUAUCUUUUUAGCGAACGGCAUUUUAGCAUCGGUAGUUCGAAUUAUCUCCUUUGUCUCCUUCGUUUGCAAUUCGGGAAUAAGUUCACUCACCAGGGAUGCCUUCUGACGACGAGCAACACGAGAAAGAUGGAAUCUGAAAGUGUAUCGCACCUGCAAAAGUAUUGACCGCGAGUUAACACGUUGCAGUUGGACCCUUUCCGAUUUCCCACGAUGUUCUCCGGCUCCCCCGCACACACAUUUUCACACCCAUCUGUUCACGAAUACACACAUACACACACAUGUUUUACGACGCAUUUGUCGCAAUAGAAAUUACGCACAAGCAAAUUAACGAAGUGCUCCGGGAAUUUUAAGUUCGCGUCAACAGUGUAAAUAUAAAACGUUUCAGCGCUACCGACUCGUGACUUUCCCCUCCAUCGUAAUUGCCGGACGGUGUGCCAGUUUUACGGUUUGACGGCCGAUAUCUCCUGUACAUAGCAGUGUAUCGCACCUGAAACUGCAAAAUCGGUCUCUCGUUUAGGAAGAAGGAAGAAAAGGCGAAGAAAGGAAGGGCGAAGUCCAAGCGAGAACAACAUAAUGAUUUACACAUCGCGCAUUGCGGAGCGAAACGAAAAAACUGCACCCGUUGAGAGUUCAGAGGCGUGUCUUUGUACAUACAAUUGUAACGAUUUAAGGAACGUCAAAGAUUUUUAUAAUGUGAUUCCAGUUACGCGCUAAGUUAGGUAAUGGAGUUAUGUACAGAAAAAAAAAAGAAGAAAGGUAUUGAGAGCGAGGGAGGUAUGUGUAGAGACGAAUGAGACUCAGAGUGUAGAAAGACAAGUGUACGAAGCUUUCGCUAGAAUAAAUCGACACGAUGCCGCCAUUCCUCAAAUAUACAUAAACCAGACUUGCCUUGAAGCUAGAAGGACUACUGUGUCACACCAUCACACACACAUAUACAUAUAUAUGUAUACAAACAUAUCUAUAUAUAUGUGUGUGUAGGCGUACACACAAAACCGAUCCUUUGAGCUCCGAGGCGCGAAAAUGACGAAUGAUAUCCGAAGUUCUAGUCAGAUAAUAAAUGUUUAUAAAAAUUACACGAAAAACACGACGGAGUUUGGAAUUUAUUUACUUACUUGGUUUACUUACGCGAGUUCGGUUGAAAGGCCAAAUUUUAUUUAUCACCAUUAUCGAGAAAUGCAUCUUCUCCAAGAUUUAUCGUACACAGAUAAUACUCUUUGCAAUAGAUAAUAUACAAAACGUAUAUGAUAUAUGUAUGUAUGUAUGUAUAUGUGUAUAUAUAUAUAUAUUAUAUACUUGCACGAGAGAAGAGACGGUCAAAUGCAUUAAAUACGUCGAUAUUGUUCGAUAUCGACAUUGUCCAAGUUCAAAACGGAAGAUCAAAUAAUCGGUAGUAUGUAAUCAGUAUAAAUGUAAAUUCUCAGUCUCUCUCUAUAUAUAUAUUAUUAACACACACAUAUAUAUAUAUAUAAAUUAUAGUAAUUUGUCUUGCAAGGAAACUUUAUAUACUGAUUCGCUGAUCCGUCCCCUUGUGUCUCAUUCAUCAUUUUUACCAAAAUAUACGUGUAUUCUUUCACAAUAACGUGUACUAUUCGGUGUUGUCUACUUUUUUUUUCUUUUUCUUCGCUUUUCCUUUUUCCUCGGUCUCUAAAGUAUGUUAACUUUGGUAAGACAUAUAUGUCAUCUCUGAUAUGAGAUUGUUGUACGUAUCACAUUGGAAAGCCUAGAUUCUCAGAAGCACCAUCAAUAAGUUAGCGAGAUACUGUUAUUUCUGGAAGUUAUUAGAGAGAAGAAGCCUAUAUUAGAUUAAAAAUAAAAAAAAAA